UGUACUCGCAUUUCCCCACACACACACACACAUUCUCCCUUUUUCUCUUUUAUAUAAUUUUUUUUUUUUUCUAAAAAAAGUUCAACCUAUGGAAGCGUCUGUUGUGGAAGAAAGUACAAAUAUAUCACCACGAACAGUGAGAACUAACUGGUUACUAUUUUCAUGGAGUCAAAUUUCUAGCGCCACCAAAGCGCUAUUAUUGAUAUCCACCUUACUCGCUCUUAUCCAAAUCGCAGUGACGAUUGUUGUAUUGGUGCUGGGAAAUCGACAACAACUAAGUUGUGAAAAACCUCUACAGUUGUACUUGACAAUAUUUGUGGUCCGUGUAGGUUUAUCGUUACCGCUAUCUGUGUACCAACACCUAUUUAUACCCAGAAGAGGAAGACCCCGCCGAGCUAGAAACCAUAACAACAACAACAACAAUAUUAAUAUCAGUAACAACAACAACAACAACAACAACAAUAAUAAUAGUAAUAACGACACGACCCAUGACGACGCAAUUAAUCAAGAAUCAACCAAUCGUCCUGAAACACCUCCGCAUAACCGACCUUCCACCAUUUUUAGUGGAUGGGCAGAACGACUCAAGUCGUUACUAGAUUUGUUUGCGAUUCUUUGGUUUAUUGUGGGUAAUUAUCUAGUGUUUUCACAAUCCACAUGUGCAUUGAAUGCAGGACUGUAUUAUUAUACGAUCCUGACCUGGAUCAUUUUUGGUUACACGAUUCUGGUGAUUCCACUCUUGGCUUGUGCGUCCGUCGUAUUCUGUCUUCCCUGUGUCCUGGUGGCAAUGAGGACGUUUAAUAUCAAUAUAUCCAAUGUGAUGGUGGGUGGCAGCAAGGAGGAGAUUGCCAAAAUUCCCGUCUUCAAAUACAAGAAGAGCGAGGCAGGGGAGGAUGAAGAAACAACGGGUUCGAAACCUGUCAUGAAAAAGAAGAGUUAUUUUAGCAAAUUCAAAAAAGAACACCAUGUCACUACAGAUAAAUAUCUUUCAAUACCCAAGGCAGAAGAUGCUGUAUGUACUAUAUGUCUAUCCGAAUACGAAAACGAUGAAUUCAUUUGUAAAUUAUGGUGUGAGCAUCAUUAUCACCAUUCGUGUGUGACCGAGUGGUUAGGGUUGAAUUCGAAAUGUCCAUUAUGUAAACGAGAUUUCAGAAAAGAUCACGUUGAUCAAGACUCGGAUGAAGAAGUUUAAUAUAUAUAUAGUGUGUACAUAUCAGUCUGUAAUUUACAUCUUUUUUUUUUUUAUAUAAUAUAAAUAUUUACAAAAAAUAUAUGAUUUUGAUAUUUUCUAGUCUGAAGCAAUUAAAGCAACAAUCAUGCAGUAAAGAUAAAAGAAAAAUGUAAUGGCAUAGAAUCCAAGCUUAAUAAAGCUUUCCUUUUUGUGCUUGGACAAGGUACGAAAGAUCUCUGUAGCAUCGUACAUGUGUGUAUUGUUCAUAACCCUACCAACAACCGAUAAUAAGUUUCCUUCCCCCAUCAACAAUGAUCACGUCAAAAAAAAAAAAAAAAAAAUCACUUACUUUCGAACAUUGAUAAAUAAAA